UGGUGCUGGUUCUGGUUCUGGUUCAGGCUCGUCCUCGUCUCACCUCCCGAUGCUGUUCAUACAGCGUGCACGCGCUUCGUUAGCAAUUAAGAGUGUGUGGUCGCUGUGAUAAUAAUACAAUAAUGAUAAUGUUACUAUUUAUAACCAUCUUUAUUGGGGUUGUCAUUAUUGUCGCUAUUAUUGUUGUCAUGAUGCAACCCCGGCAGCCAUUGGGCAGCUGGUUGCUAUGGCAACCCAAGCUCCCUGUGGUUGCUAACGGAGGAGAACAUCGGAUUCUUUUAUUUGAGCUGACCCUGCAGAACCAUGACGGCCCAUCACAGUCCUUCAUGGUCCAUGUCGGUCCAUCUGGGUCAGGGUCGAAGGUUCUUUCUUCUGCUCACUGCAGUCAUCGAGCGCGAUGGGCGACGUUCUCUUGAAGGAAGAUCUGACUUCUGACCUCGUCAGGUCAUGAGCGGACACGUUCCUCAUCAUCACCACCAGACUGAUACCCCUUACGUUACCACGGCAACCACACAGCACCAGCAGGGGGUCCGCGAGGAGACGCUCCUCUCUCUGAGAUCGGUUAGCCAAACAGCUAGCUGGCAUCGCUGCAUGGGGUCACCGUUUGAUUCCUGACUGGUGUGGCGUGAGGGUGCUGAAGUGCUAGCAUUAGCUGUGUGCGGUUAGCGUGGGCGCCCGGAGACUCAAGCGAAACUACGAGAAGCUUCUGGCAUUCAAAGGCCAGCCAGUGUGCAUGUCGUGUGUGUGUGUGUGUGUGUGUGUGUGUGUGUGUGUGUGUGUUACGUAACAGUGGUGUGUGAGGAUGACGCUCCAGUGGGUAAUCGGCGUGCACGUGGUCCCUCAGACGCCAUGUUCAUGUGAAGCGUGCCAUCAAUCAUCUCGGCUUCAGCAUCAGGAGGUCUUUCCAGCAAUCGCCAUGACAACCAUCUUUCUUGCCAGCAGCAGUUAGCUAACAUCUGCCAGCGCUUGACGCCGCCACCUUUGACGACAGCUUUGGUGACCCCCGUUUCUGUCUGUGAUGCUGACGGCUGAGCUGAACUAAGCUAAGCUAAGCUAAGCUAAAAUAAGCUAAGCUACUGAGCUCAGCAGGACGAAGAUGUGUUCGUGUGUCGCUGGAGAGAUGCUGCUGGUUCCUUUCCGUGGUUGGCACGCCGCACGCUAAACGUGGCUUCCGCCGCUGACUGACGAGCUCCAGUUUGCAGAAGAGGCGGAGCUCCGCCCGCCGAGCCGUGGCGGUGGUCUUUGGGCGCGGCGCUGGUGUCCGUCGGCGGCCUGGUCAGCCUGGUGGUCCUGGCGCUGGCCUGCCUGUGCUGCAAGAGGACCGGGACCGGCUUCAAGGAGUUCCAGAACCUUCAAGAUGGCGAGGAGAACCACGCCCACAUGUCCGCCUCGCCAGACGUCUACGUCCUGCCUCUCACGGAGGUGUCCCUGCCUGUCGCCAGGCAACCGGCUCCACCAGUCCAACUCGGGAAGUCCUCCACCGUGAGCCGCCAUAGUCUCCUCUACCUGAAGGAGAUCGGGAAUGGCUGGUUUGGGAAGGUUCUUCUGGGGGAGGUCAAUGAGAACCUGAGGAGCAGUCAGGUGGUGGUCAAGGAGCUGAAGACCAGCUCCAGCGUCAAGGAACAGAUGCGCUUCCUGGAAGAAGUACAGCCUUACCGGGUCCUGCAGCACUCGUCUCUGCUGCAGUGCCUGGCCCAGUGCACGGAGGUCACGCCCUACCUGCUGGUCAUGGAGUUUUGUCCCCUGGGCGACGUGAAGGGUUACCUGCGGAGCAGUAGGUCUGCCGAGAGUGUCGCCCCCGAGCCGCUACUCCUCCAGCGAAUGGCGUGUGACGUGGCCUCGGGACUGCUGCACCUGCACAAACACAACUUCACUCACAGAGACUUGGCGUUGAGGAACUGCUUGCUGACUGCCGAUGUCACCGUGAAGAUCGGCGACUAUGGCUUGUCCCACACCAAGUACAAGGACGACUACUUUGUGACAUCCGAUCAGACAUACGUGCCUCUGCGCUGGAUCGCUCCUGAGCUGGUGGACGAGGUGCAUGGAAACCUGCUGGUGGCCGAACAGACGCAACAGAGUAACAUCUGGUCUCUGGGGGUAACCAUCUGGGAAUUGUUGGAGCUGGGAAACCAGCCCUACAGCCACUACUCCGACCGACAAGUUUUGGCCUAUGCUGUGAGGGAGCAGCAGCUCCGACUAGCCAAACCAGUGCUCAAAGUUCCUCUGGCUGAACGCUGGUACGAGGUGAUGCAGUUCUGCUGGCUCCCUCCUGAUCAGAGACCCAAUGCCGAGGAAGUCCAUUUGCUGCUGAGCUACUUGUGUGCCAAGGGGGCCAGUGAAGCCAAGGAUGACUUUGAGAGGCGCUGGAACUCAAUGCGGCCCAGCGCCGGACACAACAUCCACCGUGGUUCCCCGAUGACGACCUGCGAGCAGCCAUCAUCCGCCUCCUCCUCUUUUCCUCUGCUAGAGCGCUUCUCAGCCACUGACGGAUACCAUACAGAGUCCGGGGAUGACGUUUUAACAGUCACUGAGACCAGCCACGGUCUGAACUUUGAGUACAGGUGGGAGCAGGCCAGGGCAGAGCAGACAUACAGAGGCCCGGAUUCAUCAAGUGCGCUCAGUCAAGUCAGCCAUCAUGAACCAUUUUAUCCACCGGUGGGGAUUGUGGGAGGCUGCCUCAAUCAUGACGCCUCUCCUCCGUACUACCAACCUCAACAUCUGCAUGCUCCCAGUGUACUUCCUGUCUUCAGCGCCCAUAGCCCGUCCGUCAACAGUGAAUACUAUAUCCGCAUCGAAGAACCAGUAGACUGUAACAUCGAGCCUGAGUACCCCAUGUGCUCCUACAGUCCAGAGUACCAGGGAAGCAGCGGCAGCUUCCUUACCGGCAGUGCGGACUCGGACGAAUUCAUGGUCUGCCCAGCUCAGGCUAAGAACUUGGACCCCUACUGGUCAGCAGAUAUCCACAAAGCAGACGUGUAUGACUCAAAUGAGUCAAGUCCUGCAAUCUCUUUGACUAUGGAGCCCCUCUUAGGGCAGGUGUCAGACAGCAGCCCUCUACGACCGUGGGAGUCCAGUCACUAUGUGUCCUACAAAGAUCGAGAUGGAGGUUACUACUAUGAACACUCGUCACCUGUGGACAUAGACCACUAUCUAAUGGGGGAUGAACUGUCCACUGAGCACCUUCAUGAAAGCUGGGGGUCAAGGAGCCUUCGCCAGGCAUUGGGUGAGCUGGAGACUCCGGUGGGAAUAACCCCCUCCUUCAGCAGUGCCCCCGAACAGGUCUACAGAGACUCAUACUUGGACACGAGCCAUACCUCCAUCCUCGGUAAAACGGUGACAGGAGGCUACUACGACAUGAUGGGCUCCCUGAGGAAGACCAUGCCGAGCCACAGCAGACAUGACAGCCACUCAGUCAGCAUCAACGUGGAGGCAGAAGGGGCACUCUUCAUCCGGCGCAGGGAGAGCGAUUCUGAAGAAGAAGAAGAGGACAUAUUCAUGGAGAGGCACACAUGCAACACUUGGCCUGCCAAACAUCGCCACAGAAGUGUCGCUCACCAAAGACGAGCGAGCCAGAGCUGCAGACAGGACACGUACGUGGACUUUCACUACACAAUGCCGAGCACAGACAUUGAAGAUUCCUGGCCUGAGGAGCGUAGCCUGGCCUUCCACAGCCUACCCAAAACUGUCGGCUACGUGGAGCACCGCCAGGCUAAAGACAGCAGCUGUCUGAGUCGACACCGUGUGACCGCACCCUCGGAAGGCUGUGAUGCUUUUGUCUACUUGUGUCACCAGAGCGACACCCUGGUGGCGCCACCUCGAGAGUGCUGCCACUCGCACUUUGUUGACCCGCUCACUGGUUUGCUAGUUAGCAGCAACAACUACAGCUACGCUCACGCCGACUACGUCAGUGACAAAGGCAUCGACAUCCCGAGCAACGACGAGAUUAUCAACCUAUCGCCAGCACCAGGAGGUCCAGUUGUGUCCAAAGCUACCUUGAUCAAGCCUGAAGGUGGAGAGAAAUAUGUGGAUCUCAGAACAGACGAGGCUCCUUGCAAGGAGACCGAGGAAGAUGGCGUCAGGGAAGGUCUACUGGUGACAAAGUCUACAAGAGAAGACAUGACCCAAAGUUCUCCACCACCCGCAAACAGCAUCCACGUGAUGAUGGUCCUCACAGACCCAGCAUCAGAGAAGAGUCAAACAGGAGACAGCGGACUGGAUCGAGGCGGCUCCAGCAUGAGCCUCACAGACAUCCUGGACUGCAGCGACAACGAAGACGAUGACAUCACUGAUGACAUCACUGACAUCACUUCAGGGAUCUUUGCAGAAGAUGCUUCUCCUGCCUUCAAGUCGCUACAGAAGCAGGUGGGAACGCCGGAUUCCAUCGAGUCCAUGGAUCUACUGUCUGUAUCUGGGUCAUGCGAGGGCUCCAGCCCUGCCUCCCACCCUUCCUGCUCCCCCAAAGCCAUGGACAGCGGCUAUGACACUGAAAAUAAUGAGAGUCCAGAGUUUGUCCCAAAAGAACCUCAUGAACCCAGAGACCAAGCUGCGUCGCAUCCAACGAGUCUGGAGGACGACGAGGCGGGGCAGGUGUCGCCAGAGGGGGCCGUAUCCUGUGAUGACUCUCAGUCAUGUGACCACACCUUGUUGUCACUGAGUCAGGAAACUCCGUACAGGGACUCCGCCUACUUCUCAGACUACGAGAAUGAACGUCAGUCCAGGAAUGAUGAGGACUGUGAAGAAGAAGAAGAACCAAAUGACACAGAGACAAGUCAAGGGAGAGAACAUAAAGAACAUUCUUCUCCAGCACAAAGUGGAACAAAUGAAACAGAAGACUGUGACCAUGAUGACUUGUUGGAUGCUUCAGGUGGACUGGACGAGUGGCCAUCCCAGGAUGAGAGCUCGUCUCUUGGAGACUGGGCAGCAGAGGUGGUUGGAGCCAUGGAGGAGGCUCUUGAUGCCCUCAACGGACAGCCUGAGAAGGAGAACGAGGAGGAGGAGGAGGAGGAGGGGGAACACACCUUCACACACCGUCAAACUUCAGAAAAACCACCAGGGACGGAAGUCCUGCACAUCUUACCCAAAGACGAGGUGGCCUUGCAGCAGGCGGCCAACACAAGAAGGUUGUCUUCAUCUUCUUCUCCGCCUCCAUCUCCUCUGGAUGGGAAGGAGGCGCUCAAGGAGGAGGCCGACUCUGACGACAGCGACGAGUCGGACGAGGAGCUGCGGACCUACGACGUCCAGGAGGGGGAGGAGAGUGAGGACGAGUCCCACGUGGUGCCCGUGGUGGUGAGCGACGACAGCCACGCCCACAAACUGCGAGGCCUCCUGAAGACGCCGACGCUGCUCAAUCUCCAAGAGGAGCUGGAGCGCAAGAAGAGGACGGUGUCCUUCUUUGAUGAUGUCACCGUUUACCUGUUUGAUCAGGAGAGUCCCACUAAAGAUCUGGCUGCGCACGGAUUCCCGUUGGCCGCAGAAGGUCACGGCAAAUCUCCUGAAAGGGUCUCAGAUGACUCGUCAGAUGGGAACGCCUCUGAGGAGAGUGCAGGCUUGGAGUGGGAGGACGACUUUCCGCUGCUCCCGCUGCCGACGUCCUCGGCCGGCUCCGACUCGCCCCGCCACGCCGCCCCCACCACAGCUCAGGAGACCAAGCCGGCCGUGCAGUUUUCCCGCUUCACCGUCUCCCGCUUCUCCAUCACGCACGUGUCCGACUCAGACGUGGACUCUGUGGGAGGAAGCAGCGAGGACGGCGACAAGGAGUGAAGGACAUUUUCUUGUCCCAAAGAUGAGACAGUGCCUCUUGUGGACAUGUGUCCACAAAGUGGGAGUGGCCUGGACAUAAGCUUCAUGUAUAGAAAUAGUAUUCUAUUUAUUGUGAUUAUUUUCACUCUGCAGGGAUUCACUUGAUGCGGAAGAAGACCUGACGGACAAAAACAGGUUGCAAGUUUUUAAGGAAGGACGAGGACGGAAGGACACAAAAGAGACAAAGACCUUGAAUCAUUUAGUAAGGAGGCACUACCAUUUACUGGGACAAAGUACAAUCCAAUAGGUGCAUGGUUUGACAAUGUCUUGCUUUCAGAGACUCUUCCACAGCGUCCAUCAUGGAGACAAAACACGCACACGUCGUCUCACCUGGGACUUUUAUGCUUCGCCCAAAAAAAUGUGUUCACAUUUUGCUCGUUUGCUUUGUGCUGCUCAAGAAAAAUGAUCAAGGUGUUCCUAAUAUUUUGCCCCGCCUGCUCAUAAUCACAUGACAAAAUAUUAGGAACACCUCUCGGUGAAAAGAGACUAAAAUGACACAAAAAAAAAGAGUCAAGUUUAUGUCGGACAUAAAUCCCGACAAUGAGCUGGCAAGAUUGUAAAUGAGUCAAAAGAAGCUUCUUUGCUGCGCAGGAACAUGAAUGGACGGUUUAAGACUGGGUCAAGACUUGUUGAAGACUUGUUUACGACAAAAGAUUUAACACUUGUUUAAAAGUAGUUUGUGACAUAAGACUUAUUUGAGACCUAUUUAAGAACUUUUUAGGACUUGUUUAAAAGAUCAAACUUAAUUCGGACUUGUUGAAGGUGUAUAUACGUGCAUACGACGUAUUUAAGACUUGUUAGAGACUUCAUUUAAGACUUGUUUAUGAAGUCUAAGAUUUGUUUGACAUUAGGACUUAUUUAAGACUUCUUCAUGACAUAAAACUUAUUUAAGACUUGUUAAAAGACUUGUUUAAGACUCAUUUACGACUUUUGACUAUUUUAUGACAUAAGACUUGUUUAAAUCUAGUUUAUGGCAUUUGAGACUUAUUUAAUUUAAACAUAAGACUUGUUAAAGACAAAGGAUUAUGAACUUUUUAAGACUUGUUUAUAAGAUAAUAAAGACUUGCUAAAUACUUGUUUAUAACAUAAAACGUCUUGUUUAAGACUAAUUGAAGACUAGUUUAUGGCAUAAGACUUAUUAAAGACUUAUGUAAAACUGGUUUGUGACAUAUAACUUAUAUAAGACCUUUUUAAAUAGUCUUAUACUAAGUCUUAUGUUAUAAACAAGUCUUAUGUCAUAAAUAAGUUAUGAAGUUAUGAAGUCUAAGUCUUAUGUCAUAAAUAAGUUAUGAAGUCUAAGACUUGUUUAUAACAUAAAACUGAUUUAAGACUUGUUGAAGACUUAUUUAAGAUUUAUGACAAAAGACUUGAUUAUGGCAUCACACUUAUUUAAGACUAAUUUUAAGACUUAUUUAAGACUAGUUUAUGACAUAAGACUUUUUUAAA